UUUCAUUAACAUGCUUUUUAAUUCAAUUAAGAAUUGAACGCUGUUUACCCGAAUAACCUUGAGAGGAAGAGCAUCUGUGUCUUUUGCCUCUUCUCUUCCUGCUCGGCUUGUGCAUCAGGCACAAAGUCCCCAAGAAUGGCUCAGUCCGACAACAAAGUCCUGAUUCUGGGAGCUCUGGCUGGAGUGGCAGGGCUCGGUUUGGCUGUGGCCUGUUACCAAGGCUACACCCUCCACCGCAGACGCCACUCCAUGCCCGCGCAUGCCCUCCGCACCCCCAGCAGUGACCUCGUCUCUGGGCUCAUGUUAGCGGAUGGCCCCGGCGGUCUUCCCAGGGCCCAGGUGGAGGUUUUAAACAGACUAGAGGCUCUGAUUCAGUGCGUGUCUGAGCUAAAGGAAGAGAUGAAGGCUUUGAAGACCGCAAUACCCACACUGCAAGUGGCCGUGAGGGACGAGCUUCGAGGCCCGGAGACGCGGAGGGUUAGCCCUCUACACAGGCCUGCGCCUGGAAGGAGAAAACGGGCCACUACUGCUGCUGUGAGCGCAGACAGGAGCUCAGAGGAGGCAGAAAGUGAGGGCGGAUACAUCACAGCUUUGACUGACUCUGAUGAGGAUGAGGAGGAAGCUGUCACAGAGAGGAGGGGGGGAGAAGAGCGCCCCCUUCUGGAUCAAACCUUAUCUCUGUUUGAGAGAGUCGACCGACUGCACCAGGGAUCAGAGUGUGACAAGAGGGAGAGCCUCAGCCUGCUCCUCCAGCACAGAGAACAGUUAGGACAGAACUCCAGUUUUUUGUGGCGUUUGACUCGAGCCUACAGUGACGUGCAUGACUUCUGCAGCACUCUGGAGGAGAAGAAACAGCAAGCAGAAGAAGGGAAGAGAGUGGGCGAGGAGGCCGUGCAACUCAACCCAACCUGCGCUGAUAGUCAUCAAUGGUACGCCAUCAUGUGUGGGAUCAUGGCUGAGUACGACACAGUACAGAACAAAAUAAAGAAUGGGUACAUCUUUAAGGAUCAUCUGGACAAAGCCAUCGAGCUGAAACCACACGACCCUCUGUCCUACUAUCUGAUGGGGCGCUGGUGCUAUGCUGUGGCUCAGUUGUCGUGGCUGGAGAGAAAAGUGGCUGCCACAUUAUUCGGAGAGCCCCCCAGCGCCACUGUGGAGGACGCACUCAGGAAUUUCUUAAAGGUUGAAGAAAUCCAGCCGGGAUAUUCCAAACUCAACUACGUGUAUCUCGCAAAGUGUUACAGAGACCUGGGGCAGCAGGAGCGGGCUCGGAGGAUGUGUGAAGCUGCAAACUCAGCACAAGCAGAAUUAAAAGAGGCAUUAGAAGCGCAGAAGGAGCUGGAUGUGCUGUGUCCGGCGUUGGGCGUUUGACUGUGGACAGUGGCGUGUGCGGAGGUGUCUGCAGAGGCGUCUGCAGAACCUGUAGAGACUGUGCAGUUCUUGUAUUGGAGUACAGUGGUUUGCAGGAGUAUUC